CGCAGACAACAAAGAAACGAGGGGUCUGGAUUGCGACCUCGGAUUCUCAUCGACCUCGACCAGCAUUCAUCAUUUACGCAGUAGGUCAAGUCAAUCACCAUGACUCUCCCUGAUUUCGACAAUCUGCCGCCCGUCCCGGACAAGCCGCAGGGUUGUGCUUGGGGGAUCUUCGACAAGGACGGCCAGCGCAACAAGUAUGGGACGUUGAAUCUGCUCGCGCCGGAGGUGGUGCGCGCUGCGUCGGGCGAGAUCCAACGGGGGGUAUCUGUGUCUUUAAACUGGCCGAUUGGGAGUUUCAAGAUCCCGGGGUUUUUCCGGAAGGCGCUUCACCACCGCGUGUUGACGCAUAAGACCGACACCGGAGAAGUGUUUGCUUUCGACGAUGAAGUGGAAUUCAACACCCAAGCUAGCAGCCAGUGGGAUAGUCUAUGCCAUGUCCGACUCCUCCCCUCAGGAGAAGUAUACAACGGGUGGAAACCGUCAAUCGAGAGCCUGGAGUCCGGUGACCCCUCUCUCCCAACCCUCGAUCACUGGCACGAACGCGGCUGCAUCGUCGGCCGCGGCGUCCUGAUCGACUUCAAAAGUUACGCGGAAGCCAAAGGCAUCGAAUACUCGCCCUUCUCGUCCUUCCAGCUCAGCAUCGCAGACAUCGAAGCCGUGGCGGCCUACCAAAACACGACCUUCCAGACCGGCGACAUCCUGAUCGUGCGAUUCGGGUUCACCGAAGCGCUGAACCACAAGACAGGAGACGAACAACUCGCUUCUCUCACCGCACAUGUCUCUGGACUCGAGGGAAGCGUCGAGAUGGCCAAGUGGCUGUGGAAUAAGCAUUUUGCCGCCAUCGCGAGCGAUAAUAUGGCGGUGGAAGUAAUUCCGCCUGUUAUAGAUGGAGAGGAGAGGCCAAGUCAGGAGCUAGUCCUGCAUAAAUGGUGCCUCGGGAUGUUUGGAAUGCCGCUGGGCGAGCUCUGGGACUUGAAGGCCCUGGCGGAAGAGUGUCGCAAGGCACAGCGAUAUACGUUCUUCCUCACGUCGGCGCCGAUGAACCAUCCGGGCGCGGUUGGGAGUCCGCCGAAUGUGAUUGCUAUCUUGUAAUUGUCAUUGCAUGGAUGAUAUAUGGUUGUCAUUCCUUGCAUGGAAUAUAGUUGGCGGGAAUUACUUCAUUGGGGUGAGCGCAUCAUUCUCGCGCGGAAUGUCUUUUUCGCCAGCCGCACAUCAUAAUGAGUUUGAAUAUUAAUCAAAAUUAAUCAACACACCCGACUGACACCUGUCAGUGGAGUAUGUCUGUGGCAAAUUUUUGAGUCCCGAGUGGAGGCCAUUCGGGCACUCCACAUGAAUAUAUUUGAGUUCCGCGUCCCCACGAGAUAAUCACUUCCAUUAUAUACCACUAGGAGUCAACCUGACUGACAUUCAC